AAUGGUAAAAAGUGUGGAAAAAAUGGGGGAAUAAAUAAAUAAGGAAAAUCUGAAACCUGGAAAAACAAAACCGCCAAAGCUGAAAAAAAAUGGAAUUAAGUUUUUUUAAAGGCCCUAACAAUGUUUUUUUUUGAGCGGGUGUCAUCCUGCAGCACAGCAUUUUGGGGAAAGUUGAGGUCUGGUCCAAUAUUGCCUAGGUUGGGCCAUCAUAGAAAUGUUAAAGAGUAAUAUAAUAUAAAAUAAUAUAUGCCAUUUACCAGACGAUUUUAUCCAAAGCAAGUUACAGUUAUGCGUGCAUACAUCAGAGUAAAUUGGCACCCGCAAACCAUUUCUCAAGCACAGACUUUCACUUUGUGGAGCACUGAAAAAUACCCAUAGCUAUUCUGAAUGCUCUGUGUCCUUCUCUUUGAAGAAAAUUGAUUAGUCACCAUAGCGCUUGUCUCCAGUAGACUGGAAUCCAUGGUUACGGAGCUCAAGGUGAUUGUAAUACCACAGCGAGUCAAGUCAUAAUCAUGCCUGGCGAUCUCUUAUGAGCUCAUUUGAAAGAGGGAAACAGUUAUUACAGUAGGGAUCGAUAUGGAACCGUAUAAAUCUGUCAGUCAGGUACUUGGUAAGUGAUUCUAAAUCACAUUAGUGUUUCACAUUGUUCAGGCGGGGCACCCUACGAAAGGGUUAGCUGUUGAUUUUGGGGUUUUGUGCUCUAGCUGGAAAAUAAUUAAGGAUGAACACGAUCACAUAGGUGAUAUUAGUAAGCCUAUGUCAAGCACAAAACCUGAGCUGGUUUAAUUGUAUCUGUUUUCAAAGCUCCCUGUCCUCUUCUCUUACUUGUUGUAUUAUCUUCUCUACUUUCCCCCAUUCAGUAUCUCAGUGCUUCUACCUAUUCAUGACUCAUUGGCCCAAUUCCCCCCUAUUAUCUCUAUUAUCCUACAUUUGCAACAUGGUUAUCUGGUUGCAAACUGCCUUUUUGGUUGAGAAGACAUAAUAGAACCAGAUUAUAGCCAAUUGGUCUCUGUAUAAACCAGGUAACGACAUAUUUGUCAUAGCAAGAUCAAGACAUCAUGGGAAAGACGUCAUAAAAAACGUUAACAAAAUUUCCCUUUACAGUCUGACAAUGUUGCAACCAGUUUUGCCCAAUGGGAUAUUAUUAUCAGACCAACAUGUUUGUUGAAUAGCUAUAGAAAUCGUAUGCAGGGCUCAUCAAGUCCCCAAAGACUACAAAGACCUCCUCAGGCGCUACCCAAGAUACCUCCCUUAAAAGAGCGAUUUGCUGCUCUAUCCUGACGCAGGGGAGCUGUCAUGGACCGACAAAUAACCAAAAUAUUCCCUACACACAACGUGCAACUUUGUGCCAACUAUUUUAUGUGGUUAUCUGGUUGUAACAGAGAGCUGUUGGUUAUUCUGGUUGUCUGACGCCUUCUCAACCAGACAACCAGUUUACAACCAGAAAACGAUGUCAUUACAUGACAUGGUAUGCCAAAAGUUCCCCGUAGGUUCAGUAUCUGUGUGUGCCACAACCUGACUUGCUAUCAUCUGGACAUUUUGUGUAUGAACUUUUACUUGUGGUUCCAUCCACACAUCUACUACUUCAUGCAGAGGAGCUGCUGUUGCCCUUUUCUCAUUUGCCCCGAAACAGGGAGCAUGCAUAGGAAGUGCCUGUGUUAAGAAAACAAACACAAGCGCUCAUGCAUUAUGGAGCCUCUGUUGUAAGGAAGUAUGUUACAAAAGGACUGUAGCAUAUGUAAUUAAUGGGAGUUAAGAAUGUUUUGAGUCUGUAUUAGGUGUGUGUGUGUUUUCCCUGCAAAUCCUCUGAAACCUGGCGAUGGAGAUAAACAGCUUCAAAGUGGUCGUUUUGCUUAUGAGCAUGAGCUGCUGUGACAGCUAAGGAGGGUAGUCCGCCUUCGACUCUCCUCCAUUCCCCCCUUCCUCUAUUCAUCUGCAGUUUCUUCUCUCUCUUUCUCACUCCAUCUUCAUGGAGGCACUUACAGUUUUUCUCAAUUGCUAAAACACUAAAACCCAUUGGCUGAACAAAGUGCUCAGUUGCCUGGACUCAUUUAGCUAAUUAUGCAGUCUGUUUUUAAUACCUUAAACCAUUUCACAUGGUAAAACACAAUUUGCAGAUCUCACUUAGACUUUUCAGGAUAGAAUGGAUAGAAGAAACAAUGUCAGAGGACGAGGACGAGUGCGUAUGGGAGGAGGGGGAGGAGGGCAAGAAAGAGGAAGAGGAGGAUGAAGAAGAAGAAGAAGAGGAAGACAAAGAUGGAAAUAUCUGAUGAAAUUCGAGCAACAGUUAUAGAUGUUCUUGUCCAUGGACUGACAAUGAGGGAAGCAGGACUUAGAGUGCAACCCAAUUUGAGCCGAUUUUCUGUGUCCACCAUAGUAAGGACAUUCAGAGAAGAGAACAGGUACAGUAUACUACUGUAUUUUUGUAAUUGCAAAUUUAUUGUACUACACUAUAUGCAGCUGUUUCAAUAGACAUUUUUAAAGUUAAUCACUGUAUGUAUUGUACUACAUGAAUAUGUUUUGUAACUGCACAACUACUUUUUGUAGAAUUGCAAGGCUGCCACAUGCAGGUGGAAGGACAGCUAUAUUCAAUCGGGAGCAAGAGGCCAUUAUAGUUAGCAUGGUCCUUCAAGAUAAUGCAAUACGACUCAGAGAAAUCCAGGAACGAGUGAUACAAAACAUUAUUUCCACAAUUGACCGUAUCCUCCAUCGUAACAGGAUGCGAAUGAAACAAGUAUACAGAGUACCUUUUGAGCGCAACUCACCAAGGGUGAAAGAACUGCGAGCUCAGUAUGUGCAAACAAUAUUUGACUUGGAGUCCUUGGACAGACCCCAUGAGUUCAUCUUUGUCAUUGAAGCAGGCUUCAAUCUAACAAAGAGGAGAAGGAGAGGCCCAAACAUGAUUGGACAGCGGACCAUUGUUGAAGUCCCUGGUCAACGAGGUGGCAAUGUUACAAUCUGUGCUGCUAUCAGCAACCAUGGUGUUCGACAUCACCAUGUUACACUCGGGCCAUAUAACACCCAGCACCUUCUAAGAUUUAUUGCCAAUCUAAGAGAGAUUUUAUUUGAGGAGCAGGGUCAAGAGCUAAAUGAGAAUCCCAUUCCCACCUAUGUGAUAGUGUAGGACAAUGUCAGUUUCCAACGAGCUGCUCAGGUAAGGGAAUGGUUUAACAUCAAUGGGCAGUUUAUGAACUUGUACCUCCCUCCAUACUCGCCUUUCCAUAAUCCGAUUGAGGAGUUUUUCUCCUCUUGGAGAUGGAAAGUGUAUGAUAGACAACCCUACCACAGAGUAAAUCUGCUGCAAGCCAUGGAUUUAGCCUGUAGUGAUAUAGGUGAGGAAUCAUGUCAGGGCUGGACAUGGCACUCAAGAGGCUUCUUCCCCCGUCGCCUCAGGAGGGACAAUAUUGCUUGUGAUGUCAACGAAGUGCUCUGGCCUGACCCAGCCCAAAGACAAGAAGAAGUACAUUGAUCACAUGUUUACUCCUUUGAUUUUUGUCCCUUUUGGGACAAAUUGGGUUGUUAUUGUAUACUGUAGUACAGUGCAUUGUAGGCUGUAUAUUGUACAAUGGACAAAUUGUAUGGGCCUGAACAUUGUGCUUUCCAUUUAUUACAGUUUUUUUCCAAUUGCUAACACACUAAAAUGACAUGCACAGCACAAUUAUUUAAACUGACACACAGAGAGCAAAACCUCUUCUCAAGUCUCCAAAAGUCUAAACACAUUUUCUGCUUUACACACAUUUUGCAAUUCAAAAUGGCACUUUUUAAAUGCACUGCACACAGUUCUCUGCAUAAGACACAACAAUCUGACAUAAAGUCACAUGUUUGCCAUUUCAAAACACUGCCAUUCAAAAUUACACUACAUGGGCUAACUGGCCAAACACCUCAAUGGUUAAUUGUUACCACUUCAAUCAGGAAGUAAGCACUAUGUAAAGACCACAGGUGAGCACCUUUUGUUUUACAACAACAAUGGAAGCCGUUGCAGAGAGAGAAAGAGAAAGAGGGAGGGUGAGAAUGAGAGGGGGAGGGGGAGGAAGAGUGAGAGGUAUGGGUAGAGCUGGUAGAGGAGUUCAUUGCCAAAGAAGACAACAUCUUUCAAAUGAAAUCAGAGCAACCGUAGUUGAUCAUGUCAUCAACCAUGGGCUGACAAUGCGAGAGGCUGGACAGAGAGUGCAGCCCAACUUGAGCCGUUUUACUGUCGCCUCUGUCAUCCGGACAUUUAGACUAGAGUACAGGACUGAGAGAUGCAACCAUGGUAGAGGAAUAGGCCAAAUGUUCACCGGGGUACAGGAAGCUAACAUUGUAAACUUGGUUUUGGAAAAUAAUGAAAUCAGAUUACGAGAUAUUCAAAGCCACAUCAUCCAAGACAACACCAUAUUCAACAACAUUCAACGAGUCAGUCUGUCCACAUUGGCUCGCAUUCUCACGCGAAACCAAAUCAGAAUGAAACAACUUUAUAAGGUGCCGUUUGAGAGAAACUCUCAAAGAAACAAAGAGUUCAGACGAGCAUAUGUGGAUGGAGUACUGGAAAUGGAUGCUCAUGCAAUCCCACAUGAGUUCAUCUGUAUAGAUGAGGCUGGGUUCAACCUAGCAAAGACCAGAAGAAGGGGGAGAAACGUCAUUGGCCACAAAGCCAUUAUAGAUGUUCCUGGCCAACGUGGUGGGAACAUCACAAUGUGCGCUGCCAUCUCCAACGUGGUCCAAGGUGUCCUCCACCGUCAUGCCAACCUUGGACCAUACAACACAGCCCAUAUUAUCACAUUUCUGGACAGACUCCACAACAUUGUCAUACCACCAGAGCGUAUGAAUGAUGCAGAUCAUCAAAGAACCCGGUACGUUGUAGUAUGGGACAACAUGAGCUUUCAUCGUGCAGCCCCAGUCCAAAACUGGUUUGCUGACCUCCCACCAUUUCUCAUGCAAUUACCUCCCACCAUACUCACCAUUUCUGAACCCCAUAGAAGAGUUGUUUUCGGCAUGGCGGUGGAAGGUAUACGACCGGCAGCCCUUUGUGCUCAUGCCUCUUGUGCAGGCUAUGGAUGAGGCAUGUGAUGAGAUUGAUGUGGGUGCGAUUCAGGGAUAGAUAAGGCACUCAAGGCACUUCUUCACUCGAUGUCUGGCAAGGGAAGAUAUUGCCUGUGAUGUGGACGAGGCGUUGUGGCCAGACCCAGCUGUGCGGCAAGAUGCUGCCUCUUUUUUUCUAUAUAUUUUUUCUGCAAUUUUCAGUUUACUGUUUUUUUGUGAGCAUAUUUUUGUUCAGUCCAAUGUAAAUAUAUCUGCUGUGCAUAUGUUGCACUGACUUGUUUGGUUUAAAAAUUGUAAAAAAUGUAGGUGUAUCUGCAAAUAUUUCUGUGUAUCUGAAGAUUUUCUACAAUUUGAACUAUUUUAGUAUUAUGGCAAAGCAUACUAAAGAUGAGAGUGCUUUUCAUUAUGCCCAACAGUGUGUAGUUGGUUAGACAAAAAUCUGGUAAUAUGAAUGAAGUGUGUGCCAUUUCGUGCAAACGUUUGAUUUUGAUAAUGCUAUAUGUAGUUUUGGUUGCAGUGCUUCAUUUUGCAGGAUAUAUGAGGUAUUUUGCAGUUUGAGUGUGUGGUUUUGUGAAUUGUGUUAAGUAUUUUGAUAAAACCAGCCUAGUUUGCAAAAUUGUGUCUUAGCGAUUGGGAAAAACUGUUAACAGUACUGACUGCUCAAUAGAUUUUGACUGGUUGCAGGUUCAUAUGAACAAAGAACAAGAAUUACAGUAUCACAGAGACAAAGGACAAGUUUGUGAGAUGCAGGGUACA